AUGAGUGCGGAAGAAGCACAGCCCCGGCAGAGCCUCGAGUUUGUAGAGAGCUCUGUGCUGGAGGCCAUUGCCCCGGCCGCCUCCCAAGUUGAUAUCGAAGAAGCGUUCAACUCGUGGGACGGCACAGUCCAAGAUGACACUGCGUCCAUACUGCCCUUCGUGACGCAGAGACAUGUGCUUCUCUUUGAUGAAAUUCUCCCAGUAUACGUCGUCUUUCGGACGCCGUUGCUUGAAGACGCCGCCCUGAAAUCAUACCUCGACAGACUGGCCGUCAGCCUCGAUGUGUUUGCUUUUGGAACUGCUCCAGGUCCAGACCAAGAAGCCAAAGCUUUACCAAAAGAGCUCAUCUACUCCGAGACCAUCAAGGACACCAACGAACCAACCAUUGUCCUGCACGAAAGUGGAGAUGCAACUCAUGCAUAUGUUUUCUGGAAGGUCCAGGUUGCCAUAGCUCGACCACAAGGCAAAUUCCACAAGCCCGCCAUCUACUUCCAACCCAUAGCGUCUCUCAAGCCGGAUGUGACAGCCAAGAAGCACGAAUCCCACGAUGACUACCUCACCAGCCGAGUUCCUCUGGCUCUCAAUCUGCUACAGUCUUUUGAACAUGACCCAGCGCUAGCUGGCAUCCACCCUCGACUGUCAGCAAUGAGGAUUAGUAAGAUGGCGCCAUCCGCACCUUUGGCGAGAGAGAUGGUCCGGCCCAUCAAGACUGGCCAGCGACCACUCUUUCGAGUAGUGCCUCCGCUGAUGUGGAGGACCAGGUUUGUCAAGAUGCCGACAUCGUUGGCAGACUUGUCACUCAUGGCCUCGCUGGACAUGGAGGUCUCGCAGUACACAUCUUACGACAUCAUAAUCAAAAGGAUCGGCCUUUCGCUACAGGAAGGUGAUAUCAAAGAUCUGACUGAUAUCGAUACUACGACACGGCAUAGUCCUGGCGACCAGCUGAGCUACUUGUACAAGUUGACUCCAGAUCUAGGUCCCGAUGGCACACCUACACUCGGGAGGGAAGGACACAUACUGACGCUGAACAUCGAGGCUGACAUAUUGGUGUCUGAUGACUGCCAGCCACCUGUCUCGAUCCAGUGGAGAACGGCAGUCGACUUUGCAAAUGAGCAAACAUCUAGUCUGAUCAAAGCGGCGCACAGAUUGAGUAUUGCUUCACAUGCUGGCGGCAGCAUCAAGAGCCCAGACGCUCUCCCGGCGCACGACACACAAGAAGCUACUGUGCCGAGCAAUGCGAUCAGUGUCACCAUCACCAUCUCUGGCCCAUCCAGUGUUCGGGUUGGAGAAGUGUUCCACUGGGAUGUUUUCAUGGUCAAUCGUUCAGACAAGGCAAGGAGACUGGCCAUUAUGGUGAUUGCAAAGAGGAAACGAGACGUACACCGACCACAGUCUUCGGCGUCUUCGAUUGGCGGGCACAGCAUGGGGAAGGAAGAGCUCGUUGCAACUGCCGUGCUCGACGAGAACUUUGUUUAUGCAAGGCAGAAGAGCGCGAAGAGCGGGUCAACCGAGUUGGUGUGUCUAACGACAGACAUUCGCCUGGGACAACUGGCACCUGGGUCCUGCUACACGGCGGAUUUGAAGUUCAUUGCGCUUUCUGCUGGCGUGCAGUCGGUGGAGUGUGUGCGUGUAAUCGAUCUGGCUACCAAUGAGACGGCAGACAUUCGGGAUGUUCCGAGCAUUGUAGCCAUUGAAGCCAUUGAAACCAUUGAAGCCACUGGAUGA